AUGGAAGAAUAUGAGGCAUGCAUCCUAGGAAACGAAGAAGCAAUUGACCUAAGAAUCAAGACCUUAGAAGUAUACGGAGACUCUGCUCUCAUUAUCAAUCAAAUCAAAGGAGAAUGGGGGACAUAUAAUGCUAAGCUAAUCAGGUAUCGAGACCAUGUUCGGAAGAUGAUCGCCUACUUUGAUGAGAUCACUUUCCAUUAUAUUCCUCGAGAAGAGAAUCAACUAGCAGACACCCUAGCCACUUUAUCAUUCAUGUUUAAAGUUAAGUGGAACAAUGAGGCACCUUCUAUAAGGAUUCAAUGUUUGGACGAACCAAUAUAUUGCGUAAAAGUUGAAGCGGAAAUGGAUAAUAAACCUUGGUUUUACGACAUUAAACGGUUCCUUCAGAAACAAGAGUACCUUGCAAAUUCUUCAAGCAGAUAUAAGAAAACACUCAGAAGAUUGGUAUCACAAUUUUUCCUCAAGAGUGAUGUACUUUACGAAAGAAAUAACGACAUGGUCUUACUCAGAUUCCUAGAUGGAUACAAAGCAGACAUGCUUAUCAAAGAGAUUCAUGAAGGAUCCUUUGGCACUCACGCCAAUGGGCAUACAAUGGCUAAGAAAAUUCUCAGAGCAGGGUAUUACUUGUUGACUAUGGAGUCUGAUUUCUUCAAAUACAUCAAGAGGUGUCGUAAGUCUUAG